UGCUCUUACGCACUCCUGGCGACCAAAAUCCACAAGCGAUUCUUCAAACUUCAAAACAAUCCCCUCUCUCUCUCUCUCUCUCUCUCUGCUUUUAAAAAUACAUCUCUCUGCCUCUUUUUACCUUCACCUUCUCUGUUUGCAACCCGAAAUUUGUCUAAAAAACUCCCCACUUGGUAGCUUUCUCGUCAUCCCUUCUUCAUGCAGAAGAAACGAUUUGAAAUGAGCUCCUUUGCCACAAAGGUUUUCUUUGAAUCCAUUGGGUUCUUCCAAGAAACAUUGUCUUUGCUUUCUUUUCUCGAUUCGGAUCCUCUGUUCUCUAUCUUAAUAGCACUUUACGGUCUUAUACUCCUUUAUUUCCCGCGGAUUUUCCUAGACCUUGUUUUCUCUCCUGUCUUGAUCUCAUCUGGGAUUCUGAUAUCAACCCUGCUCCGAUUAGGAGCAAUUCAAAGUACUGAAGAAAGGAACGGUAUUCCGACAGUUGAGAAAGAGAGUUCUACUUCCACAGGACCUGAAGAAAUCGAUUCAACAGCUGAAGAUGACAAAUGGGUCUCAUGCAAUACGAACACAGAGCCCAAAAUUAAGUUUGAUUUCGUUCCUAAUCCGUUUUUCUUCACCUCGUUCUUGGAAACCAACCUGAAGGCGCCAUUAGAAGUCAUAUACGAAGACUGCGAAGGAGAAGAUGAGGAAUCGAAUGAAAAGGAAGAGACCCGUCAAGUGCGUAUCAACAGAUUGUUGUCACUUUACCACUCGGAAUCCGACACAGACAGCUCGUCGGACGGAGAAUUUCCGGAGAUCGCAGGGUGGGAUUCUCCCCAAAAUAUGUGCUUUACAUGGGGCGAAGAUGAUAAAGAGGGAUUAAUCGAAAUACCUCUGGAUGGUAAGCGCAGUCCAAUUUUUCACGUCGAAGAGGACAAUCUGAUCGAGAUUGACAUUUCUCUUAUCGGAGCUCCGAAGCGAAAUACUGAUUUUUUAUCCGGCCAGUGUCAAUUUCAGUUAAUGCAGGUUAAUUAAUUAUAGAAAAAACAUGUCUGUCCGUGAUUGAAGACGGUGAGUCCGUGAGAGAGAAACAGAGAUUUUCGGUUUCGGCCUUUGGGUUUUCAGUUAUAUUGCUCGUUGUAUUAUUAUAUCCAUCUUUAUCAGUUCAUGUAUACUAAUCUAA